UCUCACGUAUCUAGAUCGCAGUUGUCGGUUCCUGAAUGUACUCAGCGCUGGGAGAUUCAGACGCAGUUGACGACUUUGUCGAAAUGCAUUCAUGCCAUCCGCUCAUACGAGGAGAAGCGCCGUGCUCAAAACUUAAACGCUACGCUGAACUCCAGAGUUAUGUGGUUGUCCUCCUCUCGUCCCGUACCAAAAGAAAGUCUCUUCCUAUCAAAGCUAGCGAUCCGCUUCAUCCCUCAUCGUUCGCUUUCGCCAGCGAUCUUUGCCCCGGUGUCAGUCUUGUUCGGGCUGAGAAAGUCGUCAAUGUGCGAACUUUGUGGGUCCCGUUUUGGGUGUUGUUCUGGCCGAACUGAGCUGGCAGUCGGGCUUCCCAAAGUCACCGUCCGUCAUCCCAAAGUCACCGUUAGCAUCGCCGCGACGGUCCAACUCCAGGAAUCUUACAAGCGACCUCGUCCAAGAGCCCUGGGUCUUCUACGCCGCAAGUACAGUACUUGCCCCUCAUCGUUCUACGUAGUUGAGCCCGGAGUUUGUGUUGCAGCUUUGGAGUUUCUGAGUACUGUACUAUGUGGAAGUUCCGAGUUCUUCUGCCCACUUCCACAUGUGUCUGUCAUGACGUGACCCCGCGUCUUUCCGGACCCCAGAUUCGCGCCCAUGACGCUGCUCCAAGCCAGGCUCCAAGCUGCUGCAAGUGAUGUGAACUGCUCGACUUGCUGCUGCUGUUGCGGGGAAAAGCCCUCUUUCU